UCUUAUUACUAGUACGGAUGGUGUUGGUCAUAGUGCAUGCAUGCUUCGCUAUUGGGCAUGGAUAAAGCUCACAUCUAAAGCUGCUCCUUGGCUCUUUUUGAAAGUUAGACGGCUCACAAACAGCCAUCCAUCACCUAUGAGGAUCUAUCCACGACAUCAUCCUCAUCAGAGAAAAUAUUUUGCAGACAUCCUCAUUCAUGUGUUAUGUAGCCCCCUGGAUAACAACACAUGAAUGAGAAUUGAGAAAGAUGAGACAAAAGUGCUAUAGCUUGUCCAAGUUCUUAAGUUUCUCAUUUGGUAGACUCAAGGGGGCAAUGAGUCAGCUUAAGAAAAUGGGCCUUUCUUAAAGCCCUUUAGCAUGAUUAAGGUUGUCAGAUGAUUCUUCUUACUAUUUCUGAAUUUUUCAUGCACAGAAGAAGCGGCCAAAGGAGAGAGCAAAGAGAGUUUGUUGUUGUUUGUGUCACCUUCCCCUUUUAUUUCUCUCCUCUUGACCAACUUACUCUCUCUGUGUGUCUCUCUCUCUCUCUCUCUCUAGCUUACCGUUAUUACCGCUUCUCAAAUAGUGCUUGCUUCUGAUUAAUCAUUUUAACACUUGUUUUUUUUCUAUUUGUUAGGGAACAAAACAUCCUUUGCACAAUUUUUUGUUUGUUUGUUAAAUUGCAUAAAUUAAGGGUAACAACCACCUGAUUAACAACUCUUGUUCUCUCCCUCUCUCUAAGAAAUGAUUCUUGAACAUUAAAGUAUUCUCUGUUUGGAAGGAAGAAACCUAUGGUAUGUUUUGCCCACUGGACUAAUAUUGAUCAUCAGAAGUAAAAUCACUAUUAACAAGAUGAGGAGCGUAGUGCUUGUUUCUUUAGCCGCUGCUAUAGGCAACAUGUUGCAGGGCUGGGACAAUGCCACCAUCGCAGGAGCUGUUAUUUACAUCAAGAAAGAAUUUCAUUUAGAGAAAGAACCAAAGAUUGAAGGACUAAUCGUGGCCAUGUCUCUCAUCGGAGCCACUAUGAUCACAACUUUCUCCGGUCCUGUCUCCGACAGAGUAGGAAGGCGCUCCAUGCUAAUACUCUCCUCUCUUCUCUAUUUCCUAAGCAGCAUCGUCAUGUUCUGGUCCCCCAAUGUCUACGUUCUCCUUUUCGCAAGGCUUCUUGAUGGGUUUGGAAUCGGUUUAGCCGUCACUCUCGUUCCCGUUUACAUCUCUGAGACCGCACCUUCCGAGAUCAGAGGUUUGCUCAACACCUUCCCUCAGUUCUGUGGUUCUGGUGGGAUGUUUCUGUCGUACUGUCUUGUCUUUGGAAUGUCGCUUCAAGAAUCUCCCAGCUGGAGGCUGAUGCUCGGAGUUCUGUCAAUUCCCUCGGUUAUUUACUUCUUACUUGCGGCCUUCUUCUUGCCUGAAUCUCCGAGGUGGCUUGCCAGCAAGGGGCGAAUGGAAGAAGCUAGACAGGUCCUGCAGAGACUCCGUGGCAGAGAAGAUGUUUCAGGCGAGCUUGCUCUGCUGGUAGAAGGGCUUGGAGUGGGAAAAGACACGUCCAUAGAAGAGUACGUGAUUGGACCAGACAACGAGGUAAGCGAGGGAGGACACGAACUACCGAGGAAAGACCAGAUAAAACUAUACGGUCCUGAGGACGGACAGUCAUGGAUGGCUAAGCCAGUGAAAGGACAGAGUUCUCUAGCAUUAGCAUCCCGACAAGGAAGCAUGCUAACACGUGGCGCAUCCCUCCUCGACCCAAUUGUCACUCUCUUUGGUAGCAUUCAUGAGAAGCUUCCUUCUGAGAACAUUAACUCAUCUACAUCAUCACGCAGCAUGAUCUUUCCAAAUAUGGGAAGUGUAGUGGGACUAACGGGAAGGCAUGAGUCUCAGUGGGAUCCAGAGAGGAACAAUGAUGACAGCUCUGAACACGAUGAAAGCUUGAACAGUCCUCUGCUUUCUCCGCAAACCACUGAGCCUGGUUCCGUUGGGAACAUGCAGAGGAGACAGAGCAGUUUGUUUAUGGCGAACGUGGGUGAGACGGCGACUGCUACAAGCAUAGGUGGUGGAUGGCAGUUGGCGUGGAAGUAUAACGAUAAGGUUGGUGCAGAUGGUCAUAAAGUCAAUGGAGGGUUACAGAAAAUGUAUAUCCAUGAGGAGAGUGCCAAGAACAACAACAACACUGGCUUCUCGCGACGUGGUUCUCUUCUCUCCUUCCACACAGAAGCUGGUGUUCCUGAUCAGGGGCAUGGAUACAUUCAAGCUGCUGCACUUGUGAGCCAAGCUUCAAUGAUUCCUGGAAACAAAGGCGAGACUGCAAUGUUGCCAAAGGAGGUCAAGGCUGGUCCUGGCUGGAGAGAGCUGAAGGAACCAGGUGUGAAGAGAGCUUUGAUGGUUGGAGUAGGGCUUCAGAUACUGCAACAGUUUGCAGGAAUAAAUGGAGUGAUGUAUUACACACCUCAAAUAUUAAAGGAAACAGGGGUUUCAAGUCUUUUGACAAACCUUGGGAUAGGUGCAGAGUCUGCAUCACUCCUCAUAAGUACCUUAACCACACUCUUGAUGCUUCCUUGCAUUCUUGUUUCCAUGAGGUUAAUGGAUGUAUCUGGAAGAAGGUCUCUGUUGCUUUCAACAAUCCCCAUUCUAACACUGUCGCUGCUAACGCUGGUGAUAGGAAGCUUGGUGAAGCUUGGAGGCACAACAAACGCAUUGAUAUCGACCGCUAGCAUUAUGGUGUACCUUAGCUGUUUCGUGAUGGGUUUUGGAGCCAUCCCAAACAUCCUCUGUUCAGAGAUUUUCCCUACCUCUGUGCGUGGCCUCUGCAUCACAAUAUGUGCGCUCACUUUCUGGAUCUGCAACAUCAUCGUAACUUACACUCUCCCUGUCAUGCUCAAGUCUCUAGGCCUUGCGGGAGUCUUUGGAAUUUACGCAUGUGUUUGCACCGUAGCUUGGGUUUUCGUGUACCUCAAGGUACCGGAGACAAAGGGAAUGCCCCUUGAAGUUAUCUCUGAGUUCUUCUCUGUUGGUGCAAAACACCAAGAUGCUGCUAGCUUCGUUUCUCUUUGACGGUCCUUUCCAACUUUCUUGAUGUAUGUUGAACAUUAAUAAUAAUAAACCCUACGGCUAGCUUGUGCUCCAAUAAUGCAGGCUACAUAGAGGCUUUCUUGGAUUGUUGAUCUGUAGCUGAAAAUAGGGAGAUGUUCUCUUUAAUAACAAUGGAUGAGAUUCAGAGUUUUUUUA